CGGCCUCAGAGCCAGCUCUGCAUGUGCCGAGAUGGGGCUGCCCCGGCCAGUGCUGUGGCUAAGGAGGCUCUGGGUCCUCUUGCAGGUGGCCGUGCAGGUGGCCGUGGGCAAAGUGUUCCUGAAACUGUUUCCCGCAAGAGUCAAGCAACACAUCGUGGCCAUGAAUGGGAAGAACCCUCACUUUUCCUAUGACAACUGGGCCCCCACCCUCUACAGCAUGCAGUACUUCUGGUUUGUCCUGAAAGUCCAAUGGCAGCGACUAGAGGACAGGACUGAGCCAGGAGGUCUGGCCCCCAACUGCCCUGUGGUCCGGCUCUCGGGACAGAGGUGCAACAUUUGGGACUUCAUGCAAGGCAACAGGCCAUUGGUGCUCAAUUUUGGAAGUUGUACCUGACCUUCAUUUCUUUUCAAAUUUGACCAAUUCAAGAGACUUAUUGAAGACUUCUGCUCCACAGCAGACUUUCUCAUCAUUUACAUCGAAGAAGCACAUGCAUCAGAUGGCUGGGCCUUUAAGAACAACGUGAACAUCAGGACUCACCAGACUCUCCAGGACCGCCUGCAGGCAGCCCGCUUGCUGCUGGACAGGGCCCCCCCAUGCCCCGUGGUGGUGGACACGAUGAGGAACCAAAGCAGCCAGUUCUACGCGGCCCUACCCGAGAGGCUCUUUGUGCUCCAGGAGGGCAGGAUCCUCUACAAGGGUAAACCUGGCCCUUGGAACUACCAUCCCGAGGAAGUUCGUGCUGUUCUGGAAAAACUGCACAGUUAGCCUGGAAAGAUCCCCCAGUUCUAUAGGUGAUCCACAGGAGGGCUCCUCAAGUCCUGGCUCUCCUCCCAGCCCAGGUGGCUUUUACCUCUUGACCCGUGUCACUAGCUCAGAUUGGUCUGAUCUAACCAAACAAUUGUACUCAGGAAACGAAGCAGCGAGUAAGCUGAAGGUUAAAGACCCUUCACCUCGACGCUGCCCCCACGGUGGAGACCACAAUAAUUGCACAUCGUCCCCAUGUGAGAAAGGUCCCUCCCCACUGGCAUACUGCUGGGGUAUGCGGUCUGUCUCCAGCCACUCUGAUCCCACGUGGUCAGAUACAGCAGUCCUCAUGUGAGUCAAACUCAUUUUACCAAAUCUGCCGUUUAUGGACACCAUCAAAAAGACACUAAUUUGGCUGUUAGAACCCAGCAUGGGGAGAAUGCCAGUUGCUUGGAGAGAUGAGGAAUUGAAAGCUGUUGUACAUUUAUGCAGAAGCUCAUAUUCGAAACUAUUUCUCUGAUUUCUUUGCAAGUCUCCUGAUGGUCAUUUGUGUUAGAUUACAUCAGACCGAUGGACAACCAUUGGUAUUCAUCUGUUUUAACUCUGCUUCUUUUCAUGUUUGUCUAUGACGGCCACAGCCUAAAGCACACACAGCUGUGACUUGACUUGAAAGAAAAUGUUUUAAGAUGCAGCAAGCUAAUACAGAAUGAUUAAAAUAUCUCAGGCUA